AGCAGCUUCACCAGACGCAAACUAUCUAUGAGUGAAGGUGCGAUUUUGUGAUCCGGCAGAUCAAACGUUCUGAUUUGAGUUCCAUUUAUAAGUUUUCUUUCAUUUAUAUCUUGAAGUGCUUACGAAUAUGAGCCUAACAUUCUUCCUCUCUUGAAGUUAGAGGUGGCCCAUAAGUAAAAAAUGGGAAUUCAUUCAUCAAUACAUUUCAGAUGAGUUUCGACAAGCUUGCAAGGAGAGCAUGUAACAUUAUCUCCUCCGUUUUCAUUCAACGCAGAAGCAUCUACAUUUCGACCCUCUUGAGCAACGAAAAGGUACAUACUCAUAUUUACAUACCUGUCAUACAUCACAAGUCCACAACUCUUAUAUGGAGAAUUAGCAAAAUGUGUAUCCAGUUUGCUUGGGGUGAGAACAAAUCCUAGAGAUAUGCAUCCACAAGACGAGGCAAAAAACGCUAUGGAUGCAUUCUCUAAAGCCUCUUACUUUGGUUAAACGGUUAGAAAUAGCUAAAGAUGCAGCCAGAGGUCUUGUGAACCUUAGUACAAAACAAAGUGUUACAAUCUAUGUUCCUACCAUUUUGAGGUAUCUGAUUUUGUUGGUUUAUGAUUGUUUUGUGUAGGAUUCGAGUAUCUUCACACCUGGUAUGUUCAAGCAGUCACACAAGUAAAAUAUUACUUGAUAAACACAUGAGGGUUAAUGUUUCAUAUUUCGGUUUGUCUAAGCUGGCAGUUAACGGAACUUCACAUGUCUUAGUGUUGUAUGUGUCACAAUUGGAUAUCUCUCGAGCCGAGUAAGCUAGACGCACAAUGUUUAUUUUUGACACUAACAUAAUGUUUUCUUUUUUAAGUUCUUGACACAAAAAAAGUUCCUACCAUGUUUCACACAUUUGGCAAACCCUCGAACGUAGAUCAUAAUUUCCUGCCACAGUUUAUUUGUCAAUCCCUUCCAAAUCUGCUGAGUAUACGAGCGUCUUCUGAAGAGGUGUUCUCGAGUUUCCAUAUGACUUGAGCACAAGACGUAGUGAGCUACAAUGUUGUUGUUUUCUUUUUAAAAACUUUGUUUCUGCCAAGAGACAACUAGCUAAACAUCAUAAAUGGUUCCUAAUGAAGCUAUGCAACCUUUUAAGCAAAUUAAAAUUUUGUCUUCUUCAUUUGAAGCACAUGCAGCUAUAAUAAGCCGCCAUGCACGUUUACGUAAACAACAAAUAAAAUAUAUUGUCCAACUACUUCCAUUCAUAUUUAAAUAAAUCCACUUACUAAACCAAUUUUUUUUUUCAAGAUAUUCACAAUACAAUCACACAUUAUUAAAAAAUAUAACUCAACUUCAAAGGGUAACCACAUUCUAGGUGUUCAAUUCAGAUUCCGGUUCUGUCUCAGUUAGGUUUUUUCGGUUUUCUGGUAUUUAAGUUUAUAAAAAAAUCUAUCAUACUAAAACAAUAUCUAAUUCGGUCUGGUUCGGUUUAUACACCAUCGGUUAUUGGUUUGUUUGGGUUUAUACCAAAAAAACAUAAAUAUAUUUAUCUUUAGUAAUAUUCUUUUGUGAAUUUACUUUAUAUGAGUAGAUAUUGGUUUUAAUAAAACAUGAAGAUAUUUUGGGUUUUAGAUAGAAUAUUUUUAUUUUUUUAUUUUACUAUUUAAAAUAAUUAUUAAACAUAUUAAGUUAAUAAUAAUAAUAUUUUUAUAGAAUAAAAAUAAGAAAAUUAGUGAUCUAUAAUAUUAUUAAAUAAAAAAUAUUAUAUAUUUUUCAACAAAAAGGUAAAAAUUAUGUUUUGUUUAAUUUGAUAAAAAGAUUGGAAAAGAUUAACUUAAAACAAAAUAUUAAAUUACUAAAAUCAACAUUUUAAUUAUGAAGAUCAUAUCUAUAAAAUAAAUUAUGUAUAUAUUAUUAAUUAUAUUUAUGUAACUUACAUAUAACUAUACUACUAUUAAUUAGUCGGUUUAUUCAGUUUGCUCAGUUAUAUACCAUAUCAUAUCUAUAUACCAUGUUUUUUUUUAAAGUAACAUUCAUUCGGUAUAUUCGGUAUUACCAAACGUAAACCUCUUUUUCUAUUUUGAUUCGAUUUGGUUUUAGUUGGUUUCAUUGAAUACCCCUACCAUGUUCCCAGCAUAUACUCUCCCUUAUCCACAACUAGCACCACCUCGAGGCGAGUAUUAGUUACUAAAUAAAAAUAAAUAAACUUUAACACUAGCAGCUCCAAUAGUUAAUUUACAAUAAAAAAAAUUAUAUUCAACAACAAAGUUCACAAUAAAAUUGUAUAAAUGAUAAAAAUCCCGCGCGAAGCGCGGGCAAACCACUAGUUAAUAAUAUUGAUGACUAAUUAUUAAAAUGUGAACCGAUUAAUUAUUAGAUCAAUAGACAUUGAUAAUGAAACUGCUGGAUAUAUAGCAUAUACUACUCCCUCUAUUUAAUAAUAGUUCAUAUUUGAAUUUUUCACACUGAUUAAUAAAAUACAAAUUUUUAUUUAAUUUUUUUUUUCAUAAAACAGUAUUAACUAAAGUCAAUUCAAGCAAUAAAAAAAUUACACUGCGAUAAAUGGAUAAAAAUACAAAAUAAUUUUAACCUUUUGCAUAAAAAUUUUAAAUAUCAUUUAACUGAAAAAAAAUACAUGUAAAGCAUCAAUUAAAAAAAAAUGGUAUGAGUAGUCUCUAUUUUUGUAUAACAUAGUCUUUUAAUAUAUGUACAUUCAGAAAAAAAAAUAUAUAUAUAAGAAGACUAAGAAGAAAACCUAGUCUUUUUAUAUAAAGGUUUACGUAUGUGCAUAAUUAGGUAUCGCGAUUGGACAUUUCGUUUAACUAAUUAUUAAAUAUGCUCAUUCCCUGUAAUCUAAUACCUGUAAUUAUUGAAAUGUAAAAUAGCUAAGCCAUAUUGCUCGAUAGACGUAGAUAGAUAAAAUUAUUGAAUAUAUAGUUUACUAAAACCUAGUCUUUUUUUUUUACUAUUUCUCCCGACCGUAGACUAUUUCAAAUUUUGUCAAUUAUAAAUUUCACGUUGAACAUGACAAAUAAAAUUGUCAUAUAUAUAGACUAUUUAUUUUCAGUUAAAUUUUCAUGUUGAACCAUGAAAAUAAAAUUAUUACAAUAUCCUUGUAUCUUUUAUCUUUUCUUUUUUCCUAACAUAUAACUAUUUUACUAUUUUUUCAGUUAAGAAUUUAAGCAUAUUUUUAUCUUUCCUUUCUUAUCCGUAUGUAGACUAUUUUAAUUUUUGUUGUCAAUUAAAUUUUUCAUUUUGAACAUGACAAAUAAAAUUGUGAUAUGUACAGUUUACUAUAACUGCUGUGAACAAACGUUAAACAAAUACGAAAAAGCCUAAAAGUUAUAAGAGCAAAAACAAAUUAAAAUUAAUAUUCAUUUAGGGUUUGUAUAUUAUUAUGUAAAUGAAUGAAUUUAAAAUCUUACAUUCAUAUUUUUUUUCUUUCUUACACUCAUAUUUAUAGUAGUUUUAAAACCUAAUUUCAUUUUCCAUUUAAAAAUACAUACUUAUUCUAAAAAAUUGUUUUUCUAAUCUUAAAAUAUAUACCAUACCAAUGAAUGCUGACAUUUUUACUGCAGCACAGAGAUUUAAAACAUUUCUAGAAUUAACAAUAACCUAGUCAUUUUUUUUUCCUUGUCCUAACCGGAGACUAUUUUAAUUUUAUCAACUGAAAAAUUAAUUCGCGCUAUCAUAUAUUUUUCAACAAAAUUUCAUCAACAACAUGUCAAAUAAUAUUGUUAAAUGUAUAGUCUACUAUUGCCUAGUCAGUCUUUAUCCUUCUCUGAACCGUAGACUAUUUUAACUUUUAUCAAUUGAAAAUAUUAAUUCCUAGCUAUCGUAUAUUUUGUUGACAACAAGAUUAUUGAUUAACUAAAAUUAUUCAAAAAUUAUCUAACAAUUUAAGUCAAUUAUUCGGACUCGUAUACUUGGAUCUAAGAUAAAUUAAGAAUAUUAAAUUGUUUCUUUAAUCAUUUAAAAUUCUGCAAAUACAUUGAGAAAACUGGCCAAUCUAUUGGUAUAGUUGUCCUUUUCAAAAAUUUCGAGCAAUCUAUCAAAAACACCAUCGUGGUCUUUUACUCCUAGCGAGAUUAUGCAAGUUAUGCCGAUUAGUAGUUCUAAUCCGAUUAAUAGGAAUUAAUGCUUUUGGGUAAAUUCCUUCCAUAAAACAUAUAUUAUAUGUACUUACAAAAGUAUAUUAUAAUUUUUUUUUUCUAAAUAAUUUAUGUUUUCUUUCAAAAUCCACCAGCAUAAUAUCGAUAUGGUGUGAUCACUGUAUGUGUGAUCACUGUUUAUACUAGCUAGGAUGCUCGUCUGCAGCCCCCUCCAAAGCUAUCAUGAUUUUUCUUUUGUUAAACUGUAAAGGGCAUUCAAUUAACUAAAAGGUUGCGUGAUGUGGCCAUUUAAACCACAUAGUUUGAUAAAGUAGCAAGCAAUACAGUUUCAUGUUGAACAUGACAAAUGAAUUUGGUAUAUAAUGUAAGUAUGUAUUGUAAACUCGUACUAUAUCUUUCUUCUCUUAUCCAUAUAGUUUAUUUAUUUUUUUAUCAACUAAUUUUUUUCAUUUUGAACAAGACAAAUGAAUUUGUUAGGAAGAUGACAAAAUGACUUUGUUAGAUGUAUAGUCUACUAUAUAGCCUAGUCUUUCUUUAUCCGUAUAAUAAGUUCUUAACCAUAGACUUUUUUUAAUAAAAAACCAUAGACUAUUUUUGUUUUUUAUCAACUGAAAAUUCGUUUUGAAGCUAUCAUUUUUUUUUUUUUACAUCAGCUUAAUUGAAAUUAUCUAACACUUAAAGGUAAUUUAUUUGAAUUCAUAUACUUGAAAUAUAAGAUAAAGAAUCUCCCAUAAAUUAUCCGUCAACAUAAUAUGUAUAUAUGGUGUGAUCACUGUUUAUAGUAGGAUAUCCUAUAUAACAUGUAAAUAUAAAUACGUCACUCACAUCAUCAGAAGAGGUUUUAGCUUUUGAAAGACUAAUUGUUGAAUAUUUUUUCAUGAAGGGGCAAUUAGCCAAUAACAAAAUCAUAUUCAAUGGUAAUACUAUAUAUAACUUUAAUUUUUUGAAAACCCUUAUAAAUAGGCAACCAAACUAUCCUCUAUUUUAUCACAUUACAAAACACAAGAAACAAACAAACACACAAAGCAUUUUGCUAAAGACCCUCUCGACCAAAAUGUCUGUUGAGAUGCUCCGAUCCUCCCCCCUGGUGAAAGCUUCAUACUAUUACCUGAAUUCGGGAAAAAAAUUCGACACCACAACCAUUGACUCAACUGUCUUCACUCACCUUUUCUGGGCCUUUGCUCAAAUCGACCGUAGUAGCCACAAAGUCGAUAUCUCCACCAUUAACCUGCCCCAAUUCUACAAGUUCACAGAAAACGACGAAGCGACGACAAACAAGUUGCAAUACCUCUUGUCGAUAGGCGGUAAAAACGCAGAAAAAAUCUUGUUUGAUUCCAUGACAAGGACACUCGAAAACCGGAAAGCGUUCAUUGAUUCUUCUAUCAGUGUCGCUAGAGAGUACGGUUUCCACGGGCUCGAUCUUGCUUGGGAAUAUCCGAGCAAUAUAGUGGAGAUGGCCAACUUCAAGAAACUUAUUGAAGAAUGGCGUGUAGCGGUUGAGAAAGAGUCGGAGAAUACCGGUCUACUUCCUUUGCUGUUAACCGCUGCGGUUCACUACUCCCCCGAUUACAACUCCGUGCAAUACCCGGUUCAGGCCAUUGCCGAUAAUUUGGAUUUUGUUAACAUAAUGUCUUAUGACUUUUAUGGACCGGCUUGGUCCGAUGUUACCGGACCACCUGCUGCUCUGUAUGAUCCUUCAAACCCGGCAGGUAUUAGCGGUGACUCCGGGUUGCGUAAGUGGCUUGACGCUAACCUUCCGGCUAAAAAGGCAGUCUUAGGGUUCUCAUACUGUGGUUGGGCCUGGAAACUCGAAGACCCCAAGGCUGAUGGCUAUGAUGCAGCCACUGAUGGAGCGGCGAUAACACCCGACGGUUCUGUGACCUACGAUGAGAUAAAGGACUAUAUUGUGUCUAGCGGAGCAGCGACAUAUCAUGAUCCGGCGGUGGUCGGAUUCUAUUGCCACGCCGGAACCACGUGGAUUGGAUAUGAUGAUAAUCAGAGUAUUGUGUCCAAAGUGAAGUAUGCUAAGCUAAAUGGUCUAAUCGGUUACUUCUCGUGGCAUCUUGCAGCUGACUAUAACGGCGGUCUCUCUCGUGCAGCAUCGCUUGCAUGGGACACUACAGACGCAACCACCGGAAAAUAAAUAAUCUAAGACGAGUUUCCAACCAGGACAAUUAAAGCAUAAAAGAAGUUCGCUUUAUCUUAUUGUGAGAAAUAUAAAGACGUUUGCUUAUUUUGUUUCUUAUGACAAAAAUAAACUUGUAUGUUUUAUCUUUUUCCCUUGUUUUGCCAAGGACAUUUGCGUGUUUCGUGUAAAAAUAAAUAAAACUGUGUGCUUAUAUAUUCUUGUAUAAAAACGUUUGCUUAUAAAUACAGCCAGAGUUUAAG